AUGUACGCCCUUCUCCGAGCUCCCCGCGUCAUCUCCGCCCUGUCAGCUAACCUCCGUGCCAGGGUUGUCUUCGCGCUCCUCAUUAUCAACAAGGCCGGCGGUCUGGUCUUUACCCGCGAGUUCCACCAGGGCCUCAACCCGCUCCGCAGCAAUGACAUGCUCAUGCUUGCUGGCACAUUCCAUGGGGUCCACGCCAUAACCCGCUCCCUUACGCCCGCCGCCGUACUUCCCGCUUCCCUACCAGCAAGCUCCAACACGGCACCUUCGCUGCGCCCCCAACCCUCUGGGCUGGAGGUUCUCGAGACCGCCAAGUUCCGCCUGCAGUGCUAUCAAACCCUCACCGGCACCAAGUUCCUGCUUUUCACCGAACCCGGCCAGCCAAAUAUCGAUUCCAUCAUUAGAAAGAUAUAUGAGCUGUACGCCGACUUCGUCACCAAGAACCCCUUCUACACUGUGGAGAUGCCGAUCCGGUGCGAGAAGUUCGACCGCGGAUUGGAUGCCUUUGUAAGGAGUCGGGCUUGA